AUGGAUCUCCAAGGCACUCCCAUCGGCACCGGUCACCGCAGCACCAAGGUCACCACCGACCCUCUUGCCCACCAACAGCCCAUCCAGGAACCUGCCGGCCCUGUCGCCACCGACUCCCUGGCUGCCGAGUCCGUUCGCACCGGCGGUGCUUUCACCGAGAACCGCGGUGCUGAGCCGACAGGUCCCUCCGGCAGCAACUCUACCCUGAACACCACCGACACCUCCGCCGCUUCCAAGCUCCCUUCCGCUGCUGCUGGCAGCCAGCGUGAGAACACCGAGCGUCAAGAGAAAUACCCCGAAGCCCUGGGCGGCCAGGGCAACUUCCCUGGCACCCAUGUGAGCGGAUACGCCGGUGGCUCAACCGCCGCCAAGCAGGAGAUGGGCCUGAAUAAGGGUGGAAACUCGGCCUCUCACCAGCAGCAGUCCGGUCAGGCCAAGGCCAGCGGCAGCCAGCACGUUGGAGGCCAGGCUCCUUCCUACAUUACCGAUGUCACUCCCGGCCACCAGGCCCAGCAGCCCAAGGGCGCCGACAAGCAGGAUGCUCAGUUCAGCUCCAAGGAUAAGAACGCUGGCUUCGACUCUGAGAUUGGGUCUAAGAAUGACCCUGGUCGUCUUGCGGAGGAGAAGUUCCAGCGGGAGAACGCCUUCAGCACCAACGACAGCGGUCGCACCCACCAAAAGGGUGGUGUUCAGGGCGAGAAUGUCUACGACACCCUGCAGGGUGACCAGCGUGCUUAA